AUGAAGGUCGCGUACCAAGGCGUUGCCGGCGCGUACUCGGAGAAGGCGGUCCACCAGCUCCUCGGCCACGAGGGCGUCGAGGCCACGGGCUACGAGUCGUUUGAAGCUGCGUUCACGGCCGUCACCGACGGCGACGUCGAGUACGGCCUCCUCCCGAUUGAAAACUCGGUCGGUGGCACGAUCCACGCCAACUACGAUCUGCUCUUGCGCUACAACUUGCACAUUGUCGGCGAAGUCGACCUGCCCGUGCACCACUGCCUCCUCGGGCUCCCGGGCACCAACAAGGACGACAUUCGCACGGUCAUCUCGCACCCGCAGGCGCUCGCGCAAUGCGCCCAUUACACGCGCAACCACGGCAUGGUCGCGCGCGCCGAGUACGACACCGCGGGCUCGGCCAAGAUGCUCUCGGAGCACGGCGCCGAGUGGGCCGACACGGCCGCGAUUGCGAGCGACCUCGCCGCCCACCAUUACGGCCUUGAGGUGCUCGACGCCAACAUUGAAGACGACGCGAGCAAUGUGACGCGCUUCCUCCUCCUCUCGGCGUCGGCGAUGCUGCCGCCUGUCGACGAGACCGUGCCGGCCAAGACGACGCUUGUGGUGUCGUUCACGAACGGUACGAGCCAGCUGCACACGGCGCUCGGCCUCUUUGCCGCCGAGCACGUUGAGAUCUCCAAGCUCGAGGUGCGUCCGUGGAACGUCGCGGCAGAGAAGGACGCGACCGAGCUCUCGACCCACAAGUUCAAGUACCUCUUCUACAUUGAUGUGAUCGGCCACGCCGAGGACGCGCGUCUCCAGUCGGUCCUCACGGCGCUCAGCAAUGUGUGCAACCUCGUCCGUGUCUUUGGCACGUACCCAGCCAACGCGAUGCUGCCGGAUGCGAUCCAGAGUGCGCUCAACAAGCGCCAUUUCCUCAACCAAGCGGUGGACGCAGUGCUGUCGUCGACGCAUCACAACGACGAGGAGCUCGUGGCCUACUACAAGGAGAACGCGACGGCGGCCGAGGCCGCCCUCGACCAGUUUGAACACGACUUUAUCGAGUUGCGGGCGACGUUGCGGGCGAGCAUGCGUGCGCAGUCGCCGGUCCGCCUCAACCCGCUCCUCGGGAAGCUCUCGCAGUCCAAGACCGUGCAGAUCCACGGCCUCACCAAGCAGCUCGAAGCCGAGGGCAAGACCGUCUACUCGCUCUGCGUGGGCGAACCCGACUUUAACCCGCACAUGCAAGUCAUCGACGCGGCCCGUCAAGGCCUCGCGGACGGCUACGUCAAGUACACGGAGGUCCAGGGCAUGCUCAAGCUCCGCAAGGCGAUCGCGGGGUACCUCGAGACGGCCAAGGGCGUCACUUAUGACCCGGCAUCCGAGAUCAUCGUCUCCAAUGGCGCCAAGCAGUCGGUCUUCCAAGCACUCCUCGUCACGUGCGAGCCCGGCGACCACGUGCUCAUUCCGGCGCCGUACUGGGUCUCGUACCCGGACAUGGCCAAGAUUGCGGGUGCGGUGCCCGUCUUUCUGCAGACCGACGUCGCCAACUCGUACUUGAUCGACCCGGCCGCGCUUCGGGCGACGCUCGCGGCGGACCCGCGCAUCAAGGUCAUGAUCCUCUGCAACCCGUCCAACCCGGCGGGUGUCGUGCACGGCCCCGAGCUCCUGCGCGAGAUCGCCGCCGUCCUCGAAGACUUCCCCCACGUGCUCAUUAUCGCCGACGAGAUCUACGAGCAGCUCGUGUACCAGGACGAAGGCGCUGAGCCGCGCACGCACCUUUGCUUUGCGACGCUGCUUCGGUCGCGCACGCUCCUCAUCAACGGCUUCUCCAAGAGCCACGCGAUGACGGGUCUCCGCAUCGGCUACAUGGCCGCGCCGGCGACGUUUACCAAGCCCGCGACCAAGCUCCAGGGCCAGCUCACAUCGUGUGCGAGCUCGAUCGGGCAGAUUGCGGCCAUUGCGGCGCUCGAGAUGGAGGCCGCGGCCGAGACGCCGCUCAUCGAGGCGACGCUGGCCAACAUGGACGAGAAGCGCAAGUACGUGUGCAGCCGCCUCGACGCGAUCCCGCACAUCCAGUACGCGUACCCGACGGGUGCGUUCUACGUCUUUAUCGAGCUCCCGCAUUACAUUGGCACCAACCACGUUGGCACGAACGGCGUCACCAUCACCAACAGCGAAGACUUUUGCUCGUACCUCCUCUCGGAAUUUGGCUGCGCGAUCGUGCCGGGCUCGGCCUUUGGCAUUGAAAAUUCGGUGCGCAUGUCGUACGCCACGUCUCUCGAGAUCCUCGGCCACUCGAUGGACGCGCUCGAAAACUGCCUCGUCUCUCUCGUGCCCCAGUAA